AUGGUGCUGACCAAGUCCAAAGCUGGCAGCGACAGCGCUCCGCGGCGUGCGUCUGAGCCGUCACAAUCACCACAAUCACCACCACCACUUAUGAACAUCCGCGAUUGGCUGGAAACCCAGCGGACCAAGUAUGGCAGGCGCUUCCGCAUCCUCGCACGGCUGCCGCGAAACCACCCAAGCCCGGAGAAGGAUCUGCCGACGCGUCGUCUCCGCAACCUCAUCCUCGAAUUUGUGCGCAACAACCCAAGAUGGGCUCAUCAGCAGCGGCACGCCAACAAGGCGGCCUCCGCACCCGACGAGCAGCAACAGCAGCAGCAGGACGGGGAAGAAGCAGCAGUUGAGCAGCAGCAGCAGCAGCAGCAGCAAGCAGAUGAGCAGGUGCUAGCAGCCAGCGACUGUGUCAUGGAGGCAAAGUGCACGGCCGAUUCAAACCCAACCCCAAACCCAGAAAAGCGUCGCAAGCGGGCCACCUCCACGUCGUCAUCGUGCUCCUCCACACUCUCGCAGGCGUCUUCACUCGGCUCUCCUGUUGACGCGCCCCACUCACCAACAGCUGUGGAAGCCACCGCAGCCAAAGCAGGGGGCCAUGCCGUCACCAACGUCCACAACGACAGCGCCAACGUCCACAACGGCAGCACCUACCAAUAUGAAGCCGUGUGA